UGGUUGCGUUGCGGAUAAAUUCACACAUAGAGAUACAUUCCUUAUUAUUAUUAAUGGCUUUACCCAAUAUUAUAUUUUGGUACAAUAUGGAAUUCUCAGCACAAGAUAGUCUUACUUACCGAUCCCAAAUACUCAAGCACAUAAUGCACCUUCUGGCUAGAAGCUUACCUACGAAAAGCUGAAAAUUAUACACUGGAAGCGGAUUGGACUGUGUUUCUAAUUUCGAUUCCUAGGUGGCGAGAAUACAAUUUAUGGACGAACCAAUCAGAUACAAGAUAGCGAGUCACGAAUUUUGGCGCAAAAUUCAGUUCGUGAUGCAAACCCUACAUUUUAACCCUAACCAUCAACUGUAAAUGGGAGUUCUAACCGCUUUAUAACCCUCAUUUAGUCCUAAUCGGUAAGUGUCCACCCUCAGAGUCACUUCAACGUCUCUCAAAGGUCGUCCAUAAAUUAUACGAGAAAAAAAAAUAUUCUCGUCCAUAGAUGAAAUGGGGUGAGGUUUUGGAUUAUAAUCCAAAACCUUACAUCCUAGUCAUUAAUCAAAUUCUAAUCUUAAAUCUUAUCUUAACCCUAGUUGUUAAAUCACGAUCGUAAACUCAUUUAAGAGUGAUAUCUCUAGGCAGUUGGCAGUAUUACUUCGUCUGUGUGAAAUCUGUAAUAUCAUUUGGAUUGACACAAUUUAGUUAAGUUCUAUUCACUGGAUCAUAAUGAGAUCAUCAAAAAGGUAUCUGGAACUUAUUCAUGAAGGGCUUUAGUUUUAAUAUUAAAGUUCUUUAUCCAAGUCAUCAAUUCUGUCUUCUAUAGUUAUCUGUUGACUUGCAAGUUUACAACACUAAUAAUUGAUGUUCAUCUAAGGUUUUCCAAAGUGCAUAAAGUUGUCCACACUACAUCAUUCCCUAAAGUCCAGUGUCGUUUUUUGUCUCUUAAAUGCUUUCUUGUUGUUUUGCUCUAAGUUGUCUCAAAUCAACCAUCAUUAUAAUAUGGAUAAUGCAAAUGCUAAAGGAUCCCGACGUCUCAACCCUUUUAAUUGUAAUACAAACGAACAGCAGAGUCUCAUAUCUGCUUUAUAUGAUGCCCCAACCCUCACAAAUUUCAGAGUGAAAAGUUCUUUAGAAUAUCUAUCUAGUGAUUAUUUCAGCAUACCCUUCGUACGCAUCAACGAGAAUUCCUCAGUGGAGGAGUUGAAGGAUGCAAUUCUCAAAUGCAAACACAUGUUCUUGGCUUUAUCUAACGAUUCGUCGGGAAGAAAAGAUCGCAUAUUAGAUCGGUUGAUUCAAUUAAGGAGGAUUUUACAGGAUGUUAAGGAGUUCUCAGACGUGUCAACAAAACCAAGUUCCUGUUAUUUUGGAUCUUCACCUCGUUUUUCAGAGCUAUAUUUAUUAUCAUGUAGCUUAUCUCAGGUAUCUCUGCCAUGUUUGCCUUACCGAAUCAUGGGUCCUGAGGGUUCACGUCCAUCUAUGCACCAUACUCCUUUCCCUGGUGGUCACGAUUUCCAAAGUGUUUCUGCGAUUCGUCAUCUGGGCGGAACGUGCGAAUACUGUAGGCUCUUAAUUCGUGGUCCGGCUGGUAAAAUAUUACGUUGUCGGGCAUGUGGUGUUAUGUGUCAUUUUGAUGGAUGUCUUAAUAGCCUAACACGUCGGUGUCCAGGUGCAUUACUUUUUCCCAGUACUAAUACUAAACACCAUAUGGGAUGUCGGCGUUUGCGAACGGAAAGUGAAAGCGGCACUCAUACUAAUCCAAAGUUCCAUCUUACUGGAGUUACUUUAUUUGAUACUAGACGUCGUAUUUCUUUUAAACAUUUGGAAGUUUCCAACUUAUCUUUUCUUUCGGCAGAUCUAACUUUACAAUCAUGGACUUGUGCAGAAUGUUUGAGAUCUAUUGAUUCCACACCAUCAAAUACGGUUUUACCAGGACGUUUGAAUACACAUAAUCUGGGUAAAACGAUCAAUGAGGUCAUUGAAAGAGGUAUUGGUGUACUCAUUGGAAAAGCUUUUGAAGAUAUAUUACCAAAACACAACUCUAUGGAUUACGUGUCGUCUCACCUAAGUUCUAAACAAUUGUCUUUGCCUACCUGUUUAUUGAAACCCAUUUCUACAGGACCAGCUGUAGUAAGAUCCAAUCAAUCAACUGAUAACUUUAAACAAUAUGCUGCUUUUGCUUCUCAUAGCACUUCUGAACCAAUCCAAACAUGGUAUGAUGUGUGUGUUAUGGAGGCAUUUAGAAAAGUCGGUCGUCGGGUUUCAUCAUCCUUAUUUAUUAAAACGCAAAACGGACAAUUAGCAAUAGAUAAGCAAGCAAGCGAGCUAAAUGUAUUAGAGAAUUAUGCUGCAGACACGUCAUGCACUAUGGAUUCUGCUCGUUUAUGCUACUAUUCGGGAUACUUUUAUUGUUCUAGGUGUCAUUGGGGAGAUACUUACCAAAUUCCAGCUUGGAUGUUUGUUCUGGGUGAUUAUGAACCUAAACCGGUAUGUCGAACCGCAUACUUGUGGCUAAAUUAUGCUUGGUCACGCCAUUUAUUCCGCGUUCCUGUAUCAUGGUAUUAUCAUGAACCGUUGGCCAGACAAGUAUGUUCUAUUCGUACAAGGAUUUUCAGACUACAACCAUACUUCAAUAUAUGUUCAAAUGCAAAACUCUGCAGUUUAGAUUUUGAAAAAUAUGGUCUUGAAUGGUUUCUUGAGCAACCGUAUACAUUCACCAUGGAUUUAAUAAGUCAAGUAUUGAAUGGGAAACUGAUUGUACAAUUGACAAAUUUCUUAUCUAAAGUAAACGAACACAUUGAACAAUGUCAGGUAUGUGAAACUCACAUUCCGAGUUAUUGUGUAGUUUGCAAUGAGGGGCCUACACGCCCAUAUCAUAUGAAAAUGGCGUUUUGUAAUCGAUGUAAUAAAUCGUGUCAUCGAUCUUGUUUGUCUGUGCCUUUACCCAUCUCUCUGAAAGAUACCCCAUUCUAUGUGGAUGUCAUCAGAACUUACGGACUAUCCGAAUUACAUUUUGACUGGAAUGAAGCUGAGGAUGAGUGGAUUGAAGUACUUUAUCCCUCCUUAUGUGUACUAUGUAAACAUUGUGGUUUGCACUGAAUUAACAUAAUUGUUUAAUUCGAUGGACAAAUUUUUCAGUCAUAUCCGUGUUAUCCUAGAACACUGUUCUCAUGCACUUACAUUUUUCGACUGCAUAUUUUUCAAGAUAUCGCUGUGUAAUUUCUUGAUUCGAUGAAGUUGUAUAUAUUUAGGAUAAACCUUCUUGUAGGUAUGCAUGAAUAUAUAGCGUUUCGUCUGCUGAAUUUUACAUUUACUUUCACUGAUUUCAUAUUGUUUUUCGUAACUGUACUUAAGAAUUUUGAUCUGAUACACUCCAAUAAAGUAAAUAUUAUAACUGCCAGUAGACAUUUUUUCGCAUUUGUGAGUUCGAUGCUGUCGCAUUAAAGUAUUUCACUUCAUUAUAAAUCAUGUGAUCAGUGUUGACAUUUCUGACAGUUUACAUGCUUUCCAAUCUAGAUGCUAAUAAUGUUUUCAUUGGAAACUAUCCAGUUAUGGCUGCAACAUGUGAUUCCUAAUACUAAGUUAUAUACAUUUGUAUAUUUAUAUAUUUUCGAAGCUCU